GUUCCUGAGCAUGCAGAACUUGCCUGGAUUCUUGGGUGCUUAACUAACGUGCCACGUGUCCUACGCUUGCCCCAGUGGAAGAUGAAGCGUGCCAGCCAGAAUAAUGAAGGGACUGUGGGUUUGUUGACUUAUCCAGUGCUUCAAGCAGCAGAUAUUUUGCUAUACAAGUCGACACAUGUUCCUGUUGGAGAAGAUCAAGUCCUGCACCUGGAACUAGCCCAAGAUAUAGCACAGCAUUUCAACAAGAAGUACGGAGAAUUCUUUCCUGUGCCCAAAGCCAUUUUAAGUACAACAAAGAAAAUAAAAUCCCUCAGAGAUCCAACAGUGAAGAUGUCCAAGUCAGACCCACAGAAGUUAGCUACUGUUAACAUAGCGGACAGCCCUGAUGAAAUAGUGCUGAAAUUCCGCAAAGCUGUGACUGACUUUACCUCUGAGGUGACCUACGACCCAGACGGUCGCCCUGGUGUCUCCAAUCUGGUGUCCAUUCAUGCUGCAGUAACAGGGCUUAGCAUAAAAGAAGUGCUGCACCAAUCUGCUGGUCUUGACACUGCUCACUACAAAAUGGUGGUAGCAGAGUCGGUUAUUCAAAAAUUUGCACCUAUCAGGAAUGAAAUCAAGAAACUCCAGGAAGACAAAUCCCAUCUGAUCAAGGUUUUAGAGGAUGGAGCGCAGAAAGCCAAAGAACUGGCUGCCCCCAUCUAUCAAGAAAUAAGAAGACUGGUGGGAUUUCAGUAG